CUUUCGGUAUGCUUACAAGCAAAAAACCUCGGCCAUGAUCCAUCGCGUGCACAUAUGUUCCUUACUUGCUUCACAAAUGAUGGCAAGGUCUUAAAUGAAGAAUUGAGGAAAAAAAUAGAAAAAAUGAAAGAGCUAUCCGAACAAGUUGCCAAGGGUGAACUUGAUUCUUCUGGUCCAAAUGAUGUGUUCUCCAAAGCUAUGGGCAAAGAGAAAUCUGGAAGUGUGCGCAUGUAUGGGCUAGGGGUUUGCCCAUCUGAUGUUUGGGGUGAUGUGCCUAGCAGUGGCACAUCUUAUAGGAUGUCAAUGGAGUGGAAGACAGAGUUAGAUAAAACAAACCAAAAAUUGGAAGAACUAACGAAUUUAUAUUUGCAGAGUCAAGCAAAUGGGGCUAACUCCUCAAACACUCGAGUCACAUCUCCAUACAUUCCAGUCUCAUCUCCAAACCAACACAUUGGUUUAUCAACAUCUAUUACCCAACGAGGACGUGUUAAGGUGGGGGAUUGUGUUUAUUUCAAGAGCGUAGCCAACCCCAUAGAAGUUGUAGGCAAAGGGCGGAUCGCUAGUAUGGAUCCAUCUACGGAGGUAGGCGGAGUAGAACUCGGAGUUAAUUGGUGUGAGAUUCAUGUUCAAAUCUCAAUCAUAUGGGGCGAGCAUUUGAUGAGGCCUUACGCAGUCCUUAAGACCGUUGGCGAUGCCAUUGGUACGCUAAUAGCUUGGCCUAUUUCUUUGGUAGUGAGAGAUGAUGAUGAUGGCUUUAUUGAAUGAAUGAGAUCAGUUGGAAGAUGCCUAGUAGACAGAGUUAUGUCACAAGAAUACUGGUCUUAUGGGUUUUGUUUGUUUUGUUUCUACUGGUAGUUCUUUUAAGGGUAGGCAUUUCAUGCUUUGAUCUAGAGUUUGGUAAGUAGGUUUUUGCUGGAAACUUUAGUAAGUUUCUUAGAAGUGAAGUUUGUAUUUUGUUGAAAACAUUAGAGUUCUGCUAAACUAGUUUCUAUUCAAUGUUGUGCGUUUUGUUUUUGGAUAUUUGUGAGGUUUGUUGACUAGUAUUUUCUAUUGAAUGACUAUGGCCUAUGUUGUUUGGACAUGGUUGAGAAAUAAAUUGCAAUUUAUUA